AUGGGAGAACAAGUGAAGCUUUUCAAGACAUGGUCAAGCGCAUUUGGUCUAAGGAUUGUCUGGGCAUUGAAGCUCAAGGGCAUCCAAUAUGAAUCAAUAGAUGAAGACCUUACCAAUAAAAGCCCUUUAAUUCUUCAAUACAACCCUGUCUACAAAAAGAUUCCAGUGCUUGUGUACAAUGGAAGACCUAUUGUAGAGUCACUUAUAAUUCUUGAAUACAUUGAUGAGACAUGGAAGCAGAAUCCCUUACUGCCUGAAGAUCCUCACAAGAGAGCCACUGCUCGAUUCUGGGCGAAAUUUGGCGAUGACAAGGUCAUGUCGUCACUGUGGCAAAUAUUAACCGAGCAAGGAAAGGAGCGAGAAGAAGCUUUAGUUCAGGCCACUGAGAACCUGAAAUUCUUAGAGGAAGAACUAAAAGGAAAGAGAUUCUUUGGUGGAGAAAAGAUUGGAUUUCUCGAUAUUGCACUGGGUUGGCUUGCCAACCUGGUCCCUGUACUGGAAGAGAUACUUGGAUUUGAAGUGAUAGAUAAAGCAGGAUUUCCAUUUUUAUCAGAAUGGAUGCUAGAGUUUUCAAGUGUUCCUGCAAUUAAAGAAAACUUGCCUCUUCAUGACAAGAUGGUUGCCAAGUUUCGUGCCUACCUCGCAGCAGCACCUGACAAAUGA